AUGAGGGCAUCCUCUUCGUCCGCUACGCCGGCGGCUCGUGCGACCGCAGCGUGGGCUGUCGUACUGCUCGCCGCGCUCUGCUCCGUCUCCCUCGCGUCCGCGUCCGUCGACUCCGUCUCCCUCGCGCCCGCCUCCGUCUCUCUCGCGCCCGCCUCCGUCGACGCAGGAUUCUCGCCGACGCCCGCCGCUCGCGCCCCUACCCCCGGCUCCUCGGCGGCUCCUCCGCGCCCGCCAUAUCGCGCCGUCCUUCCCCGCAAGGUCCUCCGCCCGGCAGGCACGGACGUGGACCUCGGCGGAGUCCGGCCGCACCGCGUGGACGAGGGUUGCGCCGGCAAGGAGGACAUCGCCAUCUACCAGGGCCGGGGGACGACGCUGCCGAGCGGGGUGCCGGCGUACACGGUGGACGUGAUGAACCGGUGCUCGGGCGGCGACGGCGACUGCGCGAUCGCUGGCAUCCAUGUGCGAUGCGGCUGGUUCAGCUCCGUCAGCCUGGUGGACCCGCGCAAGUUCCGGCGGCUCGCGCGCGACGACUGCCUCCUCAACGACGGCCAGCCACUCCUCGCCGGCGAGACCAUCUCGUUCGAGUACUCCAACUCGUUCCCCUACCAGCUUUCCGUCGCCGUCGCCACCUGCGUCGACCCGGCCGCGGCCGCGGCCACCUCCCCGUAG